CAUCACAACUCUCUCUCUCCCUCUGCAACAAUGGCGAAACUCGUCUGCCAUCAAUUUAUUCCCGUUCUGGGCUACCCUCUUAAGUCUUCUAUGUGCAGAAACCAAUCUCUCCAAUGGAGAAGCCUUAUGGGAAACGUUCAUCUCAUCAGCAGUCCUGUUUAUCGGAGGCGAUUCUCUUCUUCAUCAAAGAUUAGUAUGAGCUUGAAAGCCGGCAUCGUUGGACUCCCUAACGUCGGAAAAUCUACUCUUUUUAAUGCUGUAGUCGAGAAUGGAAAAGCUCAAGCUGCCAAUUUUCCUUUUUGUACAAUAGAGCCCAAUGUUGGAAUUGUUUCGGUUCCAGAUCCACGGUUGGGUGUGCUUUCUGAUCUCAGCAAGUCUCAACGUGCAGUCCCAGCAUCUAUUGAAUUUGUGGAUAUUGCUGGGCUUGUAAAAGGAGCCAGUCAAGGGGAGGGAUUAGGAAAUAAGUUCCUCUCACAUAUUCGUGAAGUGGACUCCAUACUUCAGGUUGUACGCUGCUUUGAGGAUAACGAUAUCAUUCAUGUGAAUGGGAAAAUUGAUCCAAAGUCAGAUAUUGAUGUUAUAAACUUAGAGCUAGUUUUUUCAGAUUUAGACCAGAUUGAGAAAAGAAUGGAGAAACUAAAGAAAGGAAAAGGAAAUAAUCCACAAUCAAAACUGAAGGAAGAAGCAGAGAAGUCUGCCUUGGAAAGAAUUCAGCAGGCACUUAUGGAUGGAAAACCAGCACGAUCAGUAGCUUUAACAGAUUUUGAAAAGGAAUCCAUAAAACAUCUUUGUUUGCUCACGUUGAAACCAGUCAUAUAUGUUGCUAAUGUGGCAGAAUCUGAAGUUGCUGAGCCUGAUAAUAAUCCCCAUGUCAAGGAAGUGAUGAACCUUGCCUCGGAGCUGCAAUCUGGGCUAGUGACGAUAUCAGCACAGGUUGAGUCUGAGCUUACUGAGCUUCCUUCUGAAGAAAGAACGGAGUACUUGAAAUCUCUUGGUGUCAGUGAAAGUGGUCUUGGAAAUCUUAUUAGAGCGACAUACAACCUUCUUGGUUUGCGUACUUAUUUUACAUCUGGAGAGAAGGAAACAAAAGCUUGGACUAUACUUGCAGGAAUGACGGCACCACAAGCUGCUGGAGUUAUACAUUCUGACUUUGAGAAAGGCUUCAUUAGGGCUGAGACAGUUGCGUAUGAUGACUUUGUGACUGCUGGUUCAUUUGCAGCUGCAAGGGAGAAAGGACUUUUGAGAUCUGAGGGGAAAGAUUACACAGUACAGGAAGGAGAUGUCAUGCUCUUUCGAUUCAAUGUCUGACUUCACUACUGUUGAAUUGAAGAGAAAACGUUUUAUAUCCUAUACCUUUAUUCAUUUGCUUGGAGUUAUACAGAGCGAUUCAGGGCAGCCCUCAGUUUUGGUCUUAUUGAGGCUCUGGUAACUUUCUUCUAUUAAUGAAUGAGCUUGUUUUGUAAGAAAAAUGCUGGGUUUGGGCUCCGGUCAUAAACCACUUGGUUAGAUUAUUCUUUAAUUAUAUCAAAGGAAAUUGUAAAUUUUGCCUAUUGAAUAAUUAACUUAUUUUAUUCAAAGA